CCCACAUGCUGGGGGCGUGGCCUGAGCAGAAUGUGGCAGGAAGCCUUAGACGCGUGCUGGUGGCAGCAAUGGCUGACGGCGGCCGCGCUCCUCAGGCCCGGGCGCUUCUCCAGCAAUGCCUGCACGCCCGAUUGCAAGUUCACCCAGCCGAGGGAGAUGCCGCGGCCCAGUGGGUGGAGAUUCAGAGAGGAUUAGUGAUCUAUGUGUGUUUCUUCAAGGGAGCUGACAAGGAACUUCUUGCCAAAAUGGUUAAUACACUGUUAAAUGUGAAAUUAAGUGAAACAGAAAAUGGCAAGCACGUCUCUAUAUUGGAUCUACCUGGCGACAUUCUUAUCAUCCCUCAAGCCACCCUUGGGGGCAGAGUAAAAGGAAGAAACAUGCAAUAUCACUCUAACUCUGGAAAAGAAGAAGGAUUAGAACUUUAUUCACAAUUUGUGUCUCUAUGUGAAAAAGAAUUAGCUGCUAACAGCAAAUGUGCUGAAGCUGGGGUGGUAGUGGAACAUGGCACGUACGGGAACAGGCAGGUAUUAAAGCUGGAUACCAAUGGACCCUACACACACUUAAUUGAGUUUUGAAAAAUUAAAAAUUAUUUUAUAUAAUACUUUUCUAUGUGUAGUGAUCUGAACUAUAAUUAGAUUUCCUCCCCCUUCACUUCAAAUAUACUAACCUGCAACCGUUUUUUUCUUUAUGGUAGUAGAGAUUGAAUCACAGGGCCUGGCAGGCACUAGGCAAGUGCUGUAUUACUGGGCUGUAUCUCCAGUCUGCAGCAUUUUUAGGCAAGACCAUCCUGGGUCCCCUAAAUUACUGCAAAUUGCCUAUUAGAUGACUUUUCCAAAUCACCUAAGCUCUGGCUCUCAAUCUUUUGUCCUGCUUUUCUCUACAUUUCCACUUGAAAAUUUGAAAAAUGUUGUCCAUUCGUUUCAUUGUCACUACAGAAAUCUUAAGCAUAUUUUUAAAAUGAUGAAAUGUAUACAAUCAAAAAUAAAUUUCUUAUGCCUUCAAAUGUA